AUGUUCCUUUUUGCCUUUUCAACCUUUGCUAGAAUUGGCGAAUUGGUUGCUGUGAGAGAUAUACCUCAAGAACAUAUUUUGCAACUGAAUGAUGCAAGUCUGACAUAUGUUCAGGGUGAGGCUAAACAAAUAGUAGUAAGCUUUAGGAAAUUCAAACAUGAUAUUAAAGAAGGGGCAAAAGUCAUUAGGUUUACAGAUGAGAAUACUGGUACCUCUGAAUCAGCCAUCGAAAGUCUAGUAAGGUUCUUACAACUUAGAACCAAAUUACCAGGACCUUUGUUCUGCUUUACCACUGAACAUCCAGUUGCUAGAUCAUAUUUUGAUAAGAUAUUACAUAAAUGUAUCGAUUUAUGUCACUUGGAUAGUUCCAAAUACAAAGGCCACAGCUUCCGCAUUGGGGCUGCCACAGCAGCAGCAGAAAGAGGCUGGUCCGAUUCUAGAAUAAGAGAAGCAGGUCGUUGGAAGUCCAAUGUAUUUCGAAAAUACAUAAGGCCAUAA